UUCUGUCCUCUAGAACUCAUCCAGUUGAGUUUGAGCCGCCAGCAUGGAGGCACUGAUCUACACAGUGCUGAUACUGCUGCACUUCACUGAGACCAGGGGCUUCCUGAUCGUGCAUUCUAAACAAGGCGUCUGUCUGACGGUGCAGAGCGGCGUGGUGCUGCUGCGGAAAUGCGACUCGUCUAGCUCGUCUCAGAACUGGAGCUGGACGGCCGAGAUGAAGCUGAUUCACCCACAGUCCUCCAGAUGCCUGUGGGCCAACCUCAGAAGAGGUGUCCCCAAGCACGCCCGCUUAGUGCAACUGAAAGGCUGCAGCAGUUCCCCCAUGUGGAGAUGUUACGAUGAGCACGGCACAUUCGGCCUAGCGCACUGGCCCAUGUUCCUGAAGAAGCAGGGUGAGCGGGCUGUGGUCCAGCCCGACUCCCGAUACUCCAAUUGGUCCACGAGGGGCUCAGACGGACGGACGCCGCUGACAUCACUCUGUAAGCCUGCAGGUCCAUCUACAGUGUCCACAAGCAGAAUGACCAAACUGACGACCACAGUGAGGAUCCCUGUUACAGCUGGACAAACUGUGACCCACACCGGACACACAGUCAAAACCAGAACCAAGAGGACUGGCACUACAGGCAGUAUGAGCACUACAGGCACUGUGGGCACUACAGGCAGUAUGAGUGCUACGGGCACUGUGGGCACUACAGGCAGUAUGAGCACUACGGGCACUGUGGGCACUACAGGUACUGUGGGCACUACAGGCAGUAUGAGCACUGUGGGCACUACAGGCAGUAUGAGCACUAUGGGCACUGUGGGCACUACAGGAAGUAUGAGCACUACGGGCACUGUGGGCACUACAGGCAGUAUGAGCGCUAUGGGCACUGUGGGCACCACAGGCAGUAUGAGCACUACAGGUUCUGUGGGCACUACAGGCAGUAUGAGCACUAUGGGCACUGUGGGCACUACAGGUUCUGUGGGCACUACAGGCAGUAUGAGCACUAUGGGCACUGUGGGCACUACAGGAAGUAUGAGCACUACGGGCACUGUGGGCACUACAGGCAGUAUGAGCACUACGGGCACUGUGGGCACUAAAGGCAGUAUGAGCACUACGGGCACUGUGGGCACUACAGGCAGUAUGAGCACUACAGGUGCUGUGGGCACUACAGGCAGUGUGAGCACUACGGGCACUGUGGGCACUACAGGUACUGUGGGCACUACAGGCAGUAUGAGCACUAUGGGCACUGUGGGCACUACAGGUACUGUGGGCACUACAGGCAAUAUGAGCACUAUGGGCACUGUGGGCACCACAGGCAGUAUGAGCACUAUGGGCACUGUGGGCACCACAGGCAGUAUGAGCACUAAGGGCACUGUGAGCACUAUGGGCACUGUGGGCACUACAGGCACUGUGGGCAUAACAACCAUUUUGAGUGCUAUGGGCACGGUGGACACUUUUGGAGCUACAGGCACUAAAGGCACUGCUAACACUACAGGCAUCAUGAACACUAUGGGCACUAUGGGCACAGCUGGCAUUACAGGUGAGGUGGGCACUACAGGCACUAUAGUCACUGUGGACACCAGCGAAGCCACAGCCGUUAAUAAGGCACGGUCAGCUCACAAAGACCAGGCUGAACUGCUCACCACAAGUCACGUGACCACAGACAGACAGGAAGCGGUCGUGGACAAGUUUGUCACGCAGCUCCCCCGUGAGAUGAACAAUGUCACACACACAGUCUCUGCAGACGCCCACCAAACACGCCAGGAUUUCCCGCACCACUCCACCUCACACGCAGCGGAUAUUACCCAUAACCCCAGAGUGAGCCGCGGCAUGCAGACUACAUCACUUCCUGUCACCACUGACCCUCAGACCUUGUCAGUCACAAACUCCUCCACUGCAGAAACGCUCACUUCCAGUGCUCCAUCCAUGGCUUCAGCUCCACCCCUCUCAGCGCCCGACGCUCAGACGAACCGUACAACCUCAACAGCUUCACCUGCGUCACCGCCCACAGGCCGCGGAGCCAUUACUGAAAUAACUCAAAUCCCGGCUAGAUCUACUCCCAAAACACCCACACCCGCUACCACACACCCCCAACCUCCAGACCCCACCACUACAGCCCCCACCACCACCCUGUUCACCUCCACCACCUCUGCAACCACUACAGUUCAAACUACCACCACUAAUCCAACUACAACCACCAUGACAACCGCACAAACAACCACAACUGCACAAACAACCACAACCACACAACCAACCACAACUACCCCCACAACGACUGCAGUGAUUCUGACUAGUGCACCAACUACAACUACUGCCUCCACAACAGCGUCCUCUACUGCAGCCCUCAGCACUAUGUCUCAGCUGGACACAACGGUGGUGAGGUGUAUGGUGAACCGAAGUGAAGUGGUAGCCGGGACGGAUCAGGCCCUGCUGAGUUUCUCUGGACCCGGAGAGCCGUGUGUGUUCAGUGUUCUGGAGAGUGGACGAUCAACACACUGCAUGAACACCAACACCAACACCUUCACCUGCUCACUGGAGAACUUAACACCAGGAACACUCUACAAAGCAGAAAUCAUCUCCAGGACGGACGGAGAGCGUCUCAACAUCUCAUUCCAAACCGUCCCAGAGCAGCCAGCGAGGUUGGAGAUUGUUCCGGAUCAGUUGUCCAGUCUGGGGCUGCGGGUGAAGUGGCAGCGCUCCAGAGGCCGGGUGGACUGGUAUGAGCUGGUGCUGUCGGACACUGUCACAUCCGUGGCUAAAAAGACCAGGGUGGAGGGCAGCGCCGAACCACGCUCUGGCUUCACCAACCUCACACCCGGAGCACUCUACACACUCCGCCUAGAGGCCAGGACUGGGAGCAAGACAUCCACAGCGCUCACAGACACUGUGGCAAUAGCUCCAUCGGUGGUGAGUGGUCUGCAGGUCUCUGUCUCCUCCACCAACAUCAGCCUUUCCUGGAAGCCAGGUCCAGGGCGGAGAGAGGCAUUCUGGGUAAUUGUGAGUCACAGAGCUGAGCCCAUUCGAAGGCUGAAGUUGCGGAGUACAGUCAUGUCCUGCAUCGUCUCUGACCUCACCCCCGGAACCCUCUACAGUGUCACCGUGGUAACAGAGGCCGUCGGGAAGCAACGAAACACAAGCGAAGCGGUUCAGACAGCUCCAGCUCCUGUAAGCAAUCUGCUUCUGCAGAACGAUGGAAGUGAGGUCAUUCUGAAUGCCUCUUGGACUCCUGCAGUGGGCAGAGUGGAUAAUUACCUGGUCAAUUUAUCCUCCUCCUCCUCCUCUGAACAUCAGGAGGUCACCCUCCACCCCAACACAUCCCACUGUCUCUUCACCAAACUCACACCUGGACGAGCAUAUCAGGUGACUGUGAAGACCAGAAGGGGUAGGCUCAGCUCUGAGGUCAGAGCGACAGGCAGGACAGUGCCUGAUAAAGCUGCUCAGCUGAAGUUGGUGGGUCUCAGUGACCAGACUGCUCUGAAGGUGUCGUGGGUGCCCCCUAAAGGCGAGUGGCAAUACUACCACGUGCUGCUCCUGAAUGGCUCCUCUGUGCUGGUAAACCGUACGGCAGACAAGGCGGUGCUAGAGUUCCUGUUCUCCGGGUUGGUCCUCGUGCCCGGCAAGCUUUACACAGCUGCGGUCACUGUGAUCAGCGGCUCACUGACCACCACGCAGUACUGCCACGGGAGUCUGGCCCCUCGGUCAGUUCAGCAGCUGCAGGUGCGUCACAGUGAUGAGAGCUCUGUGCGAGUGCAGUGGCGCCCCCCGGUUGGAGAGUGGGAUAACUACACCGUGGUGCUGAGAGCUGUAGAGGGACAGGUGAAGAGGAAAUCUCUGACCAGAGAGAUGAAGGAGUGCAGCUUCAGUGAUCUCACACCUGGACAGCAGUACACCAUCACCGUGGUAACAAACAGUGGAGAACUCAGCAGCUCCACCUCCGUCACAGCGCGCACCUUCCCAGCAGCUGUUACUGGGCUGCAGGUGAGUAACGAGGGCUGGACGGACGCUCUGCAGGUGAGCUGGGACAAAGCGGUGGGAAAAAUCGACUCGUAUCGCCUGCUGCUCAUCCAUGACAGCGUCAUCAUCAAGAACGAGAGCGUUCCUGCAGACGCCACCUCUUACCACUUCCAGGCCCUGAGAUCUGGCGCCCUCUACAGGGUGGUCGUGACCACGGUGCGCAGUGGCAAGUCAUCCAGGCAGACCGUGUCCGAUGGCCGAACGGUGCCUGCGGCGGUGCGGGAGGUGUCGGUCAGUAAUAACGGCAGGAUGGACUUCCUCAGCGUGUCAUGGCGGCCGGCGCAGGGGGAUGUGGACAGUUACCUGGUGACUCUGAGUGACCGUGAGAGGAUUGUUCACACGCUGACCGUGUCAAGGUCCAGUCCAGAGUGCGUGUUCAAGUCUCUGGUGUCCGGGCGGCUCUACAACAUCUCGAUUAGCUCCCGCAGCGGAACGUAUGAGAACCACACGGUGGUCCAGCAGAGAACGCAGCCAUCCACCGUUCUGACCCCGACGGCGACCCACAUGGCACGGGAUGACUCUCUGAAGGUGUACUGGCGCCAUGCGGCCGGAGACUUUGACUACUACCAGGUGGCCAUCAAACACAACAACCUGUUCCACCAGAACCGGACGGUUCCAAACUCUCAGAACCAGUGCGUGUUCAGCGGGCUGGUCCCGGGGCGACUCUACACCGUCAUCGUCAGCACCUGGAGCGGAACGUACGAGUCCAGCGUCUCCACACACGGACGCACCUUACCGGCGGCAGUGAGGAACCUGUCGCUGGCCAGCCGCGGCACAGAGGAGCUGAAGGUCACCUGGACGUCGGCACCUGGAGAUGUGGAUCACUACGAGGUUCAGCUUCUCUUCAGCGACAUGAAGGUGCUUCCCCCGAUCACCCUAAGCAGCACCACCACCCACUACCUGCUCUCCUCUCUCACACCUGGACGCCUCUACAAGAUUGUAGUGUCCACCUUCAGCGGACCCAACCUCAGCACACAGUUCAUCGAGGGCAGGACAGUUCCCAGUAAAGUGAAGAACAUCCACAUCAGUAACGAGGGUCAGAGCAGCAGUCUGAGGGUGAGCUGGACGCCGGGUCAGGGCGAUGUGGACAGUUACUGCGUAUCCCUCUCCGGUCCAGGGCGGCCGCUGGACCUCCGACCCGUCCCUAAACACGUUAACGAAAUUAAUUUCGGCUCCCUUGAGCCUGGUCAGCAGUAUGGCAUCACUGUCCAGUCCAUCAGCGGGUCACUCAUCAACAACAGCACCGCCACAGCGCGCACAGUGCCCUCCAGUGUGGAGUCCCUGCAGGCUGAUGGGGGGGAGAGUGAUUGCAGUGUGUUGGUGAGCUGGCAUGCAGGUUUGGGGGUCUGUGAUGGUUUCAGUGUGCAGCUGCAGGACGAGCGAGGCUCUGUGUUGGCGAGAAGCCUGAAGCUGCGGGACGAGGUCCAGCACGUGUUCACGCGCCUCAUUCCGGGGAAACGGUACCGCGUCAUUGUCCAAGCGGUCAGCGGUGGGGUGCAGAGUAAAGCGACUGUGACAGAGACUCGGACUCGUCCAGCAUCUGUUCCUGACCUGUCCGUCCAGAGCAGCUCGUCCAGCAGCCUGGUUCUGUCCUGGUCAGUUCCGGAAGGGGAGUUUGAUGGGUUUGAGGUUCUCCUCUACAACAGCGCUGAGGCUGUCCAGGACCGCCGGAGCGGCGGGGCCACCAUGCUGACCUGCUCUUUUCACAGCCUGACUGCAGGCACAGCCUACAGGGCGCUGAUUCUGACCCGCAGUGGACAGUACACCAACCAGUCUUCCAUCUGGACCAGGACAGUCCCGGCGGCGGUGCCAGUGCUGCUGGUGGAGAGCAGGAACACUACGGGCACUUUGUGGAUCAGCUGGCAGGGGGCGGAGGGUGAGGUCAGUGGGUACACUCUGACACUCUACAACCCUGAUCAAUCCCAGCAGGCUGAGCAGAGCCUGAGGGCGGAGAGCAGAGGCCACGCCUUCACUGACCUGGUUCCUGGGCGCCUCUAUACUGCUGUCGUCCGCACACAGAGCGGAGAUCUCACCAACAUGGCAACCACCAAAGGCAGGACAAACCCAAAGCCACCAAUAUCUUUCUCCUAUAAUGGAGUCACCAACACAUCUGUGGAGAUGACAUGGAGCGCUCCAGAAGGGACGGAUUAUGAUGAUUUUGACCUGCAGUGGACCCCCAGUGACCAGCUGUCUGUGCUUAACCCGUACCACAGCCGUAUGUCUGGCAGCAGGCUGCUCAAGGGCCUGUACCCCGGCCGGCUGUACCACUUCAGCCUGCGCACCAUCAGCAGUUCCGGGGGACAGGGGGCCUACAGCCAGCCCAUCUACAGGAGCAUUCGCACCAAGCCUCGGAGGAUUCAGAGUCUGCACUGUCGGCCUCAGAGCUCCACCGCUAUCUCCUGCUCGUGGAGUCGCCCGGAGACAGACUUUGACUCCUACACUGUCGAGUGUUCUCGGCAGGACUCCCCUGCGCUGGUGUAUUCUCAGAGAACGGCGCGAAACACCACGCAGUACCACAUCACUGAGCUGGAGCCGUACAGACGCUACAGCAUCUCCGUCAAAGUCAUCUCCGAUACCAUGACCAGUGAGGCCGCCGAGGACAGUGUAGUCACCAUGAUCGACCGACCCCCGCUGCCCCCCCUGUCCACACGAGUCAGCGAGGUGACGGCGCACAUCACCAAGUCCACCAUUGACUUCCGGUUCAACUGCAGCUGGUUCAGCGACGUAAAUGGAGCCGUGAAAUUCUUCACCAUCGUCGUGGCUGAGUCUGAUGAUAGUAAAGACCUUCAGCCUGAACAGUGCCACCCGCUGCCCUCUUACUGGGACUAUAGAAGCAACAGCUCCAUAAAGGUGUAUCAGACUGGCUAUUUUCAAAGUGACUGCGGCGAGGGUCCCGAGAGUGCCACUCAGGGUUUCGACAUCGCACUGGGCUCAGGCAUGAACAUCCUCGGGGGCAGCUGUGACCAUCGACACAGUAAAGAUGUGACCAGAGAUCAGCCUGAGUUCUGCGAUGGGCCACUCAAACCCAGGACUACAUACAGGUUGAGUGUUCGGGCGUUUACGCAGCUGUUUGAUGAGAACCGUGUUGAGUUUUCAUCUCCUCUCUUUACCGAUACCUUCAUGUCUCUGCCUUUAAUGACACACACAGAGCCUGUUGGGGGUGUUAUUGAGGGAGUGAGUGCCGGACUGUUCCUGAUUGUUUCGGUUGUGGGGGUCAGUGUGCUGCUGAUCUGCAGACAGAAAGCUCAUAAAGCUGUGCAGGAGCCUGUGGUGCGGAUGAGUGUGAGGAGAGAGAGAUCAAACCAUACAGGCCCGCACUCUGCCAUCAGGGGGAAUCGGCGAAUCUCCAGCCCAAUCAAACUCCUGCAGUUUGAGGUGCAUCUUACUAAACUACAGGCCGACUCCAACUACCUGCUCUCACAGGAGUAUGAGGACCUGAAGGACGUUGGGCGUAACCAGCCACUGGACACAGCAUUAUUGCCGGAGAACCGCGGGAAAAAUCGCUACAAUAACAUCCUGCCCUAUGAUUCAACCCGAGUGAAGCUGUCCUAUGUGGAUGAUGACCCCUGUUCAGAUUAUAUCAAUGCCAGCUACAUUCCUGGGAACAACUUCAGGAGGGAGUAUAUUGCCACCCAGGGGCCGCUGCCCGGCACCAAGGACGAUUUCUGGAAGAUGGUCUGGGAGCAGAACGUCCACAACGUGGUCAUGGUGACACAGUGCGUGGAGAAAGGGAGGGUGAAGUGUGAUCACUACUGGCCAUUUGAUCAGGACUCGCUGUACUACGGAGAUCUCAUCGUCCAAAUGCUGUCUGAGUCUGUUCUCCCAGAGUGGACCAUCCGGGAAUUCAAAAUCUGCAGCGAAGAGCAGCUGAACUUCUCCAGAAUCGUGCGUCAGUUUCACUACACGGUGUGGCCAGACCACGGGGUCCCGGAGACCACCCAGUCUCUGAUCCAGUUUGUGCGGACUGUACGCGAUUACAUCAACAGGACCCCCGGCUCCGGACCCACUGUGGUCCACUGCAGUGCUGGAGUGGGCCGUACUGGAACCUUUAUCACGCUGGACCGGGUCCUUCAACAGCUGGACACUAAAGAUACGGUGGACAUUUACGGAGCUGUGUUUGACAUGCGGCUUCAUCGCUCUCAUAUGGUUCAGACAGAGAGUCAGUAUACUUACCUGCACCAGUGUGUUCGAGAUGUGCUUCGUGCGCGGAAGUUGCGUAACGAGCAGGAGAACCCUCUGUAUCCCCUCUACGAGAACGUGUCUUCAGAUUACCACAGAGGUCAGCACGUCCUCUGUUACGACGCUGUGUACAGCCGCCGUUAGAGAUGCAUGGAAUGAAGGAUGAAGAUGUCCACCAUAUCCCUGUGGAGUUUUAUUUUUAUAAAGUAUUUAUAAGUGCUUUAUAAAUGUUUUUCAGCUGUGUAUAAUG